AUGGGUAAUGAGAAGGGAUUUGGAAGAUUAAUGCUAGCAUACGGAACUGAAUCUAAAAAUGGAUAUAUAAAUGUUGAAAUCUUUUUGCAUACUAAUGCUCUAAUAUGGAAGUUAUGUAUUCUUCAUUAUUUUUUACUCUAUGUAAGAGCAAGGAAUGCCAAUUUCAUCACAUAUAUGAAAUCUGCUCCAGAAAAAAGCAAUGAGAAUAAUGCUCUUAUCAUCAAAUCUGACAAAUUGUUCACUGUAAACUUUUCUGUAGCACUCGGGACUUCACAAGUGGACACAAGUAAACAUAAGAUGAUACAGCUCAGAGGAAGGAACCGUGCAAGUUAUUUCAGUGGGCAACAAAGGACCUUCAUAACUUGGCAGCUAAUGACAACAGCAUAUUUCUCUGAUAACGAUAAGGUGGGUAUACAGAAACUUCUGAGUAAUGGGACAUAUGUUGCUGCAUACCCACUGCAUGAUGGACUGUACAAAUCUAAGACAGUUAAGCAAGACAGCUGUAAGAGAGAGAUGCUGUACAGAGACUGGGCAUCUCCAAAAAACUGGUAUAGGAAGCAACCACUUCAUGAAGUGAGAAACUACUUUGGAGAAAAAGUCGGACUGUACUUUGCCUGGCUUGGUUUCUAUACAAAAAUGCUUAUACCAGCAUCAGUAUUUGGAUUCAUAUGUUUUCUAUAUGGAUUAAUUGCUCUCCUUUGUAAUUCUGAAGAUUCUUUCCCGAGUCAGGAAAUUUGUGAUGAGAAAGGAGCAGGCAACAAGACAAUGUGCUCAGCAUGCAAUAGGGCUUGUACCUACACACGACUUUAUGAGUCCUGUCUAUACAGUCGGGUCAGCUACGUUUUUGAUUCUCCUGCAGCAGUUGCCUUUUCCAUAUUCAUGGCCUUCUGGGCCUGCAUCUUUCUGGAAUUGUGGAAGAGGCGGCAGGCUGAAUUGGCAUGGCUCUGGGAUCUUUCUGAGAAUGAAGAAGACUUCAACCUGCGACCAGAGUUUGAAGGUUCUGUCAAGACAAGAAAGUUUAAUGUUGUUACUGGUAGGGAAGAACCACAUCUCACAUUCUGGAACAAAUCUGUGCGUCUUUUCACUUCUGCAUCUGCUGUUGCAUUUAUGGUAGCAGUGGCUGUGACUGCAACUCUUGGUGUAAUUGUCUACAGACUGUCUGUUGUAACAGCAAUUUAUGCUGCUGGUGGUUACAUAAAAAAAUACUCAAAACUGAUUACUUCUGCUACAGCCUCCCUUAUAAAUUUGGUUGUCAUAAUGCUUUUGACACAGGUGUACACAUCAUUAUCAAGAGUCCUCACUAACUUGGAAAACCCCAGAACAGCUGGAGAGUAUGAGAAGAGCAUUACAUUUAAAAUAUUUGUAUUCCAAUCAAUCAACUUCUAUGCUUCUCUCAUAUACAUAGCAUUUUUUAAGGGACGAUUUUACACUUACCCAGGAGAUGAGGAAAUAUGGGAGUCACCAAUAAAAAGUUUGAGUGCUGAUAUCUGUGGACCAGCAGGCUGCAUGUCAGAUUUGCUUAUCCAGCUAGCAAUUAUAAUGGUUGGCAAACAAGUGUACGGAAACGUCAUAGAAGUUCUAACGCCGUCACUGAAAAACUGGUGGAGAAAACGGUCAGCCAGGAAAGGUGCUGUUCAAUUAACAUCUCCCUGGGUAAGGGAUUAUACACUUGUACCUUUUGAUUCACUUACACUCUUCAGGGAGUAUUUGGAAAUGGUGAUUCAGUAUGGAUUUGUGACAUUAUUUGUGGCAGCAUUUCCUCUAGCUCCACUCUUUGCUCUUCUAAAUAACAUUGCAGAAAUUAGAAUUGAUGCAAUGAAACUGACUACUCAGUUGCGACGCCCACUUCCGAGAAGAGUGAAAGAUAUUGAACCAUGGUAUGGAAUUCUGUCAGCAAUAACAAGUGUUGCUGUUGCAGUAAAUGGCUUUGUUAUAGCAUACACAUCAGACUUUAUUCCUCGACUGCUGUACAAAUAUGCAUAUUCACCAGAUGGUUCCCUAAAAGGUUACGUUGAUUUCAGCCUUUCAGCAUUCAAUACAUCUGACUAUGGAGCAGGUAUGGGGCCAGAUACAAGACCUGGAGAUUAUUAUCCUGAAGUGUGCUAUUACCAGGGUUUUAGAAAUCCCCCUGGCCAUCCACAUCAAUAUGACUACUCACCAGUUUACUGGCAUGUCUUUGCUGCACGCAUGACUUUUGUUGUUGCAUUUGAGCAUAUUGUGUUCAUACUAACAGGAUUGCUAGCUUAUAUCAUUCCUGACACAUCACGGACAGUGAGGCAACUACAGCAAAGAGAGAGAAUAGUAAUAAUGGAAAGACUUGCUAGUAUCUCUAGACAAGGGAGAGAAGAAAACAACACACAGUCAUAGCAGCAGAAACUAUUACAUCUGCUGAUGUGAUGGACAUUCACUGUAUCCUGCCAUAAACUAUGUCUCAGUUUACUCAUGAGAAAAUAUUGCAUUUUAAAGGACUUUUUAAAAAAGACAGUUAUUUACUUGUAUUGAUUUGUACCAGAGAAUAAGAAAUAACAAGGAGAUUCGAGAAAAUGAAUAUCCUUCAUUGUGGCUAAAUAUGUUGUUGCUGAUUGUAUGUCCCACACAGGGACUUCUGCAAAACUAGAAGUUAUCAUAGACAUAGGAUCUAUUAAUUUGAACCCAAAUCCAGUGGUCUCAUGUUGGAGUUAUGGAAUCUAAGCUACCUGUUUUUUUCCGAAGUUUUCAUGAAGUAACGCCUCAGCACCCACAGAUUGUAUUUUGUGGUAGAAUCACUAAGAAAACAUGUAUUUGUUCUCAUAUUAUUGAGGAAGUAAUUAUAUAUGGAUAUUACCUUGAUAUUUCUCUGUGUUCAUUUCUUAAGUAUGUUAAAACUUACACAACACUUGUCAGAAUUAAAU